AUGGUUGAUAACAGGAACAAUCUUAAUCGGACGGACAUUCCACGACCUCCUCCUCUAUCAACACGUCACCUGUCUGAAGAAUCUCAACGACAAAGUGUGCUAUCCGAAGAGUAUCAACAACAAAGCACAUCUCCCUAUGAAACGCAGGACCUUUUGCGGCAAAUUCUUGAGACGCUACAGGACUCAAGUAUCGCGCAAAAAGGAGACAAGGACGUACGGAGCAGGUUCUGGGUGACUUACGACAAAGUUGCCAAAGAGCACGAUGACGAGUUCUUAGAGCGGAACAACAGUGAUAUGGACAUCGUGCUCAUUUUCUCUGGUCUCUUCUCUGCUAUCAAUACAGCUUUUAUCAUUACCAUGCAACCCGAUUCCGCGACCACUGUCUUCAUUCAAAAUACCUCCCCAAAUAUUACCGUCUCAUCUUCCACCGGAUCAGACGCAAAGUCGCCCAACGGUACUUGGUUUCAGGGUUUGGCAUAUGUUGCAUUGUCGUUCAGCCUUCUGGCUGCUUUCGGUGCUGUACUCGGCAAGCAGUGGCUCAGCCAUUAUAAAUCGAACAAUAUCCGUGGUUCCCUCGAAGAACGCGGAAAGCACAGACAGCACAAGUUAGAUGGGUUGGAAGCAUGGCAGUUUCAUGCUAUGCUGCAAUCGUUUCCCGUUUUACUCUAA